CGUUUAACCAAAGCAGCCGAUUUAGCCGCUCAAAAAGAACUUUUGCUGGAGAGUCCCGCCCCCGAUACAUGGAAAGAACCUCGUUUAAAAUCAGUCAACCGAGAAUUACAACAAUGGGUUAAGAAAAUUCGUCAACCAGGAGGAACACGAGGAAUAAGUCGCAAUGAAGACGACAGUGAUGAUGAAGGAAAUUUAGCUGUUGGCCCGCUACAACAAUUUAUGGGAAACAUUUCAAAAAUCAGUAAGGCUAUAAAAAGGAAACCAGAACCGGUCACCCCUCAAUCAGUGUUACAAACUCCUGUGGUCAAACAAAGUCCUUCUACGAGUAAAAAACCCAAGUUAACUUUUAAGACCGGAUCCAAGGCAAAGCGGCUGUUACCCAAGACCCCUAAAAAGACUCCUUGCUCUGGAUACAAGACUCCUAAAAAGAAAAAGACUCGUUCCCCUCCUACCAGUGUUUUUGGUACAGCGGAAGAAGAAGGCUUUGCUGUUAAAUCCCCUUUUCAAAAAGCUCAGGAGAGUAUUGAAAAAAAAUUUAAUGAAGCAUCAAAAAGAGCUGCUGAAAGGGCUAAAGAAAGAGCCUUAAAGAAACUCGCAACUGUUCCAGGCUGGAAACCGUUUGGCACACCGGCAAAAAGACGAUUAGAUGGCAAAGACUGGUAA